CAAUCCAAACUCCAAAAAGACCCACAACAAUACAAUACAAUACAAACAUACGUACGCGUACAACCAAACACACUCCGUAGGCCCGUACUCUGUCUCCUCCUUCGCAAAGCAAAUCAGACACGAAUGAACCCAGGUGCGACCGGAACCCAGUGACUUUGCAGCUGCGUCGUCUUCUCCCUCUAUCCCCUACCCUCUCCGUACCAGAAGAUUCUCGAAUCGGGACAGGUGGAGCAAUUUCACAGCUUCUUCGUAUUACUCACGAGUCAAACGAUCCUCCAUUCAAUUCUUUUCGAAUUAGUACGAUUCCAGAAUUUUCAGGGUUCGCAGAUUGAUUUGGAGCACUAUUUUUCUCAUAAUCUCAGGCCUAUAUAAACUAAAGAAAAGGCUUCUGGACCUGAACUUUUCUGAUCCAGGAAGCUUAGCUGAACUUUUCAUUCUCUAGUUGAUUCGGAGUUUUCCUUUCAGCAAAGUGGAAUCGCUUUUUUUGCUAGCAGUAAUAUUUAUGUCUUAAAUCUCUUCUCUAAAAAAGAUUAAAUCAGUAUCCAGGUCACUCGACUGUGCGGCAGGGGUUUUCACACAGGAAAUGUUAGUUUUUAUGGGGAUAUAACAUGAACAUCCCUAGUUUAAGUAUUAUGUUGAUAAAUUGUGGAUAGUUAAGAUGGGUUAUUAACUCUUGUAUGUGUGCGCCGAGUUUGUGGAGAAAUUAGGGUUCGGCAGUGGUUAUUGGUUCGUAGAUUUUUUUUUUGAAUUAAUAAUCCAUAUAAGCUGAAGAUGGAGAAUAUGGUGUAUGCGGAGGAGCUUGUGAAGGAGUUUCUAGUAUUCAGAGGCUUUACAAACACUCUGCAGGCUUUUGUCAAAGAGUUGGGAACUGAUAUUGGCAAAGGAUUUCAAGUUGAUAAGAUAUUAGAUUUAGUUUUCUCCAUUUAUAUCCCCAAAUUCCAAGCUGAAAACCUCAUUCAACUCCUGCGCUUUUUCAGCAACUGCUUUUCUUCUCACGAGACACAUCUUAUUUCUGUCAUAUCUGAGUUAGAUAUCUCUAUUAUACGGUAUUAUAUUAUUCAUGCCAUACAAGCUGGAAGAAAGGAUAAAGUCAUAGAGUUGUUUGACAUACAUGGCACUGAAUUGCUGCAAAAAGACCAACAUUGGGCAUCCUGGUUUGCAAUUCCAUAUAUUAAAGCUCCUCAAUCCGAACCCAAGUUCCGGGUAUACUUUUCCAAGGAGUGGUCCAAUGCAUUGCAUCUAUCUUUUAGAAAUUUUCUCACCAAGAUGUUUAAUGGCACUCGUAUCCCUGCAUUAAUGAAGAUUAGUUCUGAAAGGAAUAUGGUGAGUCGCCUCAAAGGAGACAUCAAGCAGCUUAAUUUCAAACUUGCGCAACUUCAAGUGUCUUUGGAGGAGAAAGAGACUCAGCUGCAUCAGUUAAGGAGUAGUUCUUUAUUAGCAACGGAAGUCAUUGUUGGGACUGACAGCUCAUCAAAUCUUCUUGCUGGUUCUGGGGAACCCACAGUUUUCGUACCAGCGUCAUCUCAUGUUAAUUGUGUCUCUGCAAGUGCACAAGCUGGUGAAAGAGAACCUAAACACAGUGAGGAUAUCAAGCCUGAUGAUACUCAAGUUUCAACUUCUAAAAUUAGUAAUCACAGUGGUCAGAACACUGAAAAUGAUGCACAACGAGAAGAAGAAUUCCCUGAAGUGAGAGUGGACUUCCAGGAGACAUUCUUAGGCCACACAAGUCCAAUAAGUCGUUGCCGUUUUUCUGCUACUGGGGACAAUGUUGCUAGUGCUUCUGUGGAUGGAACAGUCAGGAUAUGGACAUAUGACUCAUCAGCACCAACAUCAAGAAAUGCAACCAUCUAUUGUGGGGCAGAGAUCAUGUCACUUGAGUGGGAGUGCAAAUCUGACCGACUGCUUCUCAUAGGCACAGCUGAUGGAGGAAUCAAAGCAUGGAAUGUCGAUGCUAAACGUGUUGUUUGUGAUCUUAGUUGCACAGAAGCAUUCCCAAGCGUGUUGGAUUUAAAAUGCAGCCCUGUGGAGCCAAUUUUCGUAUCUGCUGCUGCUUCGAGAUGGCCUGGUUUGAGUGACAUUGGUAAAUUGGGCUAUGCUUCUUUAACUGUCUGGAAUAUGAGGACAUGGAAAGCUAUGACAGUCCUGCCUCUUGGUGAAGAUCCACCUCCAAUUACUUCAGUAUGCUUCAAUCACAAUGGAAAACUUUUAGCAGCUGCAGCUACUGAUGGAAUGAUACACAUGUUUGAUAUGUCUGCUGGCUUGCAAAUUACUGGAUGGCCAGCACAUGAUUCUGCUAUUAGUUCUGUUAUGUUUGGUUCUGAUGAGACGAGCAUUUUCACUUUGGGUAUAGAUGGAAAGAUAUUUGAGUGGAGUUUGCAGAAUCAAGGCAAAGUACUUUGGUCAAGUGAUUGCAGCAGCGGCACCCAAGGGUAUGCCUUAGUGGUUAAUGAAGUGGUUGAGAAUUCUGAGGUCUCGAGUUCAAAACUCAGUGGAGACAAAAAAUACGAGGUGAUUCUUCCCAUUUAUCCUAGCCUUGGUGGACUGAGUUACUUACCUGUUGGUGGAGGGACGUGGCAUGUAUCCCGUGGAAUCAGUCAAGAUUCUGUAACCUUAGGAGUUCGUCACACUAUAAACAUGAAAUGGCUCUCGAUGCUUAUGGAAGAAGACUUCUGGUGACAUCCAACUCCCUGAGGGCACCUAUAUAUCAGGUGCGAGGUCAUGCAUAUGGGAUGAGAACUCUUCCGCAUAGUGCAUCUAUAACAACAGUAGACUGGCAUCCGACAUCACCCAUCUUCUUGACUGGAUCUGCAGAUCACUCUGUUCGGGUUACAUCUAUGGCGUGACAACUUCUGAUUUGUCUGGUGUGUUUAUUUGGAUAGUUGACUUAAAGGAGAUGAGUUGAAAAUGCAAUAUUUAUUCGUUCAUCUAGUGUCUUGGUUAACCUUAAAGCUAUCUGUCCAUUUUUAAGUUUAAUUACAACCGUUAGUCAAAGGGAUCAUCAGAAGCAGAUAGUAGAGUAUGAAGGUGGUAGCUCGUUGUAAUUGAGGCUUACUGAAAUAUUAACUCGAAAAAUGGCAAAGAAGAGAGGUGUUGCUUCAUGGACUCUUUGGGAACCACAAAAUCUCUUCAGGCGUCAUAAUUGAAUUCGGUGUAGAUUGUAUAAUAGUAGAACAAUAGCUUCGAAAAAUUGAAAAUUCUCUAGAUUAUUUAGCUUCAUGUGCUUGGUGCUCAAAUAUCAUCAUACCUAGUAUUUUGAUUGGUCCCCAUGAAAUCAGGGUGUUGUCUAUUACCUCAAGGUGUUGAUUGUUAAAAUUUUAAUGAUCAAUAAUUUGGAUUCUCCAACACUAGAGGUUCUUUUACAAUUACAUGUGGCCAAUUUCUUGUAACAUUCCAAUCCUUUUUUUGAAGUUUUAUAUCACUAUGUAUUUUCAGAUUGUA